AUGGGUGGUGCAGCAGCGACGGAGCCGCCUUCGGUCUCCCUAUCGUUCGCCAACAACUUCUGGGGCAAAGAUGACGCGGGCGUCGGUCCUAUGCUCGACCGCAUGCAUGCGGCCAAAGUCACCAACGACGAACUCAAGAACUUCUACGCAGCGCGAGCGGCCAUCGAAGAAGAAUACUCGCGGAAACUCCUAAAUCUAUCGCGAAAGCCCCUGGGAUCCUGCGAAACCGGCACACUACGACUGUCGUGCGAUGUCAUCCGAGCCGAGGUUGAGUCCAUGGGCAAGGCACACCAGAACAUAUCACAGCAGAUGAAGACGGAGCUAGAAGAGCCGCUAGCCGCUUUUGCAGGAGGAAUGAAGGAGCGAAGGAAGAUUGUUCAGAAUGGCAUCGAGAAGCUGCUCAAGCUGAAGAUGCAGCAGACGUCGACGGUCAACAAGGCACGCGACCGAUACGAGCAAGACUGUCUCAAGAUCAAGGGCUUCCUAGCGCAGGCGCACAUGGUCAUGGGACAUGAAGAGCGGAAGAACAAGGCAAAGCUUGAGAAGACACAAAUCAACCUAGCGACAACGAGCAGCGAAUACGAGGCCGCAGUCAAGGUGCUCGAACAGACCACAGGUAGGUGGAACAAAGACUGGAAAGCUGCUUGCGACAAGUUCCAGGAUCUCGAAGAGGAGCGCAUCGACUACACAAAGAGCAGUCUCUGGAACUUCGCCAACAUCGCCUCUACAGUAUGCGUCAGCGACGAUGCCUCGUGCGAGAAGAUGCGCUUGUCACUCGAAGACUGCGACGUAGAGAAGGACAUAUUCGGCUUCAUCAAGGAGUCUGGCACCGGCCAGGAGAUUCCCGACCCUCCCAAGUUCAUCAACUUCUGCAGGGGAGAUGCCGAAACCUCAUCAAUAGCUUCCGAGGAGGACGAGAACUACUCAGUCGCCCAAUUCGCUAGAACCUUGAAUCCAGCCUACCGCGCAUCGUCACCAGCGCCUUCCACAUUCUCUUCGCAUCAUGAUCCGAAUAACCCGCUAGUACGAGAGCUGGGCCUCCCGCAGGAAACACGCCCAAUAGCUUCUGACGACAUACUACCGCGACAGUCUAUAGACAGACCACGACAGUCAAUAGAUAUGCCGCGGCAAUCUGUAGACUCACUUCGACAGCCGGUUGAACCUCCGCCGCAGUUGAUGGACGAACCAGAGCAACGUAUGGAGUCUCCCCGACAACGUAUGGAAUCUCCUCGACCGCGCAUGGAGUCUCGUCAGUCUGUAGAAUCUCCUCGACCACGCAUGGAGUCUCGUCGACAGUCUGUGGAAUCUACCCGACAGCGUGCUGAACCCAGACAACAAGUCGACCCUCGAUACCAGCAAGUUGAGCCGCUGAGACAACGUGCUGAACAGCCAAGACAGCAUGUACAGCCUUUGAGGCAACAUGUUGAGCUACCAAGACAGCAACACCAUAUCGAACCUCUACGACAGCAUGUGGAGCCACCAAGGCAACCUGUAGAGCCACAACAAGCACCUCCCUCCCCUCGAGUGGCACGCGCAGUACAGCCAGAUCCCCGAUUGAUUCAGGCUCAGCAACAAGCUCGCGAACAGUAUCAGCAAAGCCAGGUUCCACACAACGACUUCCCUGCUGAUGGAAUGACACAGUUCUGCCGUAUUGAUGCGCCAUCUGACCGCAGCUCUGUUCCAAGUCCCGUCCGACCUGCUAGUAGGGAGGAUUCGCAGAGCGAAUAUUCGAACCCUACGUCGUUCUCUAGCAUUGAGGCGCCAAGUGGUUCCGCUUCACCUGGCAAGCCGAUGGCCCAGUCGCCAAUCGCUGAGCCUAGCCCUCCCGAAGAGCUCUCGUUUGCAAAGAAGAGAAGCUUCUUCAACAGUCCAUUCGCACGGAGAAAGAGUAAGCAUGAGGUAGAGCCUCCAGCAGCUCUUACUCCUGCCAAUCGCAAUCGCAAUACAUGGGCACCUCCCUCACGUAGGAACACAGAGGAGAACGUCAUCCCGACUAAGAGCUUUGCUAGUAGAGCACCUGCUACUCGGGCUAUACAGAAUCGUGCGCCCUCGCCCAGCCCAGAACCGGCUGAUCCUCGAGCCACCUUCCAGCUCAACGUUGGUAACAACGUUUUCGACGUAGCCACGCCAGACAAGAAGAAGCAGCAAGAGCAGGAAGCGGAGCCACAAGAGGAGCUUGAUCCAAUUGCGCAGGCCCUCGAAGAGUUGAGGGGUGUCACUAAACAGACGUCUGUUCGUCAGACAGAGGAUCGCAAACAGCCCGCUUCACGCCAGACUGCAGAUCGUUACAUGGGUCUCGCAACGCCUGCUCCUCCAGGUACACCCGGUGUCGGCUCAAGGCUUGCAGGUGUUGCGCCAACCCCUCUUUCUAACGUCGACCUGAACGCUGCGAAGCGAGGCACACCUCCACCAACAUACGACCAGCCACCGCGAGAGCAGCCGCGAGAGCAACCACGAGAGCAACUCCGAGAGCAACCCCGAGAGCAACCCCGCGAGCAACCACGCGAGCAACCACGCGAACAGCCGCCCAUGUCCCGCUUGGGUGCUCCUAAGCCAGCACAUACUUCGCGUGCAAUGCAGAAGACCACUCAGAUGUAUGUCAACCAGAAGGCGAACAUGUUCAACACUGGUCAGGCGUCUCGAUCCUCUAGCCGCAGUCCUACAAAGCAAGAACCCCCACGGACUGCUUCCCCUGCACAACCUCCUCGUGCUAUCAGUCCUCGGCCAACCAUCAAUACAACACAACAGGCGACUCAAAACUCAUACCGCUCAUCACCACAGCAAUCACAGCCUCAGUCGCCUUCAACAUACCAACCUGCGCAACGACAGCAACCACCAGCCGCGCAACCAGCACCAAGGGUGCAGCCACAAGCAACACAACCUGCGCCACGUCAACAACCUGCAGCUCAACCGGCACCAAGACCACAACAACAACCACAGCAGCAACCACAACAACAAGUCCCACGGCCCGCAUCAAGGCUGCAGCAGCAGCAACAGCAGCAAAGGGCACAACCGCAAGCCUCUCCGGCAACUUCAUUCAGCCGCACCGCAUCACCCAACCCAUAUGCGGCAUCGAAUGCUGGCGGUAGACCCAGAGCACAGACAACCACCGCUGCCGCCCAGGCUUAUGGUACACCUGUAGGACGCAACUCAUUUCAAUCAACCCGCGGCCCAUCUCCCAGUGUCAACCCCACGCCACGAACUGCAUCACCCCUGCCCCCACAACAGCCUCCUCAACCAGCCUACACACAAUCGCAAUCCCGCCCACAAUCCCGAGCAGCCCCUGGCCCUGCUUCCCGAGCCGCAAGCCCCAACCCUGCCUUCCGCCAAUCCCAAGAACGGCCCCCUAGUUCCCACAGCGGCAUGGACCUCGCUCUUUCAACCGCAGGUAGCGUGCGCGGCGACGGCAGUGUCUACGGCGGCAGUCAGUACGGAGGCAGUGUACGCGGGAGACCUGGGACUGCUAGUUCAGCGCGUCCUACGACGGCUAGUUCUGCUCGACCAGGGACUGCUAGUACGGCACGGCCUCAGAGCUCUUACAUGGGCGGUAGCGCAGGGAGUGAGUUUGGGUUCAGCGGUGCAAGCCAUGCUGGUUCUGUGAGGGCGGAGAGUAGAGCGAGGAGUAAGAGUUUGGCUGAGCCGAAGAAUUAUAAUAGUCAGGGAAGGCUGAUUUUGAACUACUCGCGCGCAAUGUACUCUUAUGCAGCACAGAUCCCAGAGGAAUUGGGGUUCCAAAAGGGAGAUAUUCUUGCUGUUCUGCGCUUGCAGGAUGAUGGGUGGUGGGAAGCUGAGCCUGUCGGUAACACUGGUCGACCUGGUCUUGUGCCUUCAAACUACUUGCAGCCGUGCUAA